GCUCCGUGAAAGGGGCGGCGGGGGGAGGCUGAGGCCCGACCCGGCCGGGGCGCGGCGGGCGGCGGCGAGGGGGUGAGGCCUGCCGGGGCAGAGGGCCGUGACUGACAGGGCGAGCGGAGCGUGCUCCGGAGGGACGAAGGCGCCCCUUGGCGGUGGUGAAGGGGAGCGGCCGGUCGAGCCCGUGCGGGAGCGGCCAUGAGCCGUGAAUCACCGCACAGCCGUGCCUCCCCCGCUACGCCCAUGCCUGCUGUGCCGCCGUCAGGCGUUUCAGGGCCCAGCUCCGUUCUGCAAUCAGAAGGCUUUCAGAAAAAACGAUGAAUCCGUUUGUGGGUCUUCUCCUGUUUUUGGGUACGCUCAUCUACUCCUACUUGGAGGCUUUUGUGAAGCUGUUUGUCCCCGUGAAGAGAAAGUCUGUCAGCGGAGAGCUUGUGCUCAUCACGGGUGCUGGCCAUGGCGUAGGGAGAGCGACUGCCUUCGAGUUCGCCAAGCGUCAAAGCAGGCUGGUUCUGUGGGACAUCAAUAAGCAUGGCGUUGAGGACACGGCAGCAGAAUGCGAAAGGCUGGGAGCCACUGUUCAAGCCUUUGUGGUGGACUGCAGCAAAAGGGAGGAAAUCUACAGUGCUGCAGAGAAGGUGAAAAAGGACAUUGGAGAUGUCUCCAUCCUGGUGAAUAACGCUGGUGUGAUUACAGCUGCCGACCUGCUCUCGACUCAGGACCACCAAAUUGAAAGGAUGUUUGAAGUCAACAUUCUUGCUCACAUGUGGACCACAAGAGCUUUUCUGCCAACCAUGAUGAACAACAACCACGGUCACAUUGUCACGGUGGCUUCAGCAGCGGGUCAUUUGGUGACUUCCUUCAUGGUGGCUUACUGUUCAAGCAAGUUUGCUGCGGUUGGAUUUCAUAAAGCUCUGACAGAGGAGCUGUCUACCCUGGGAAAGGAUGGGAUAAAAACUACGUGUCUUUGUCCGGUUUUUAUAAACACGGGAUUUGUCAAAAACCCCAGUACAAGGCUUGGAAAGAUUUUGGAGAUUGAAGAAGUCGUAGAGGCCCUGAUGGAAGGAAUACUGACCAACCAGAAAAUGGUUUUUGUUCCAUCACAUCUAAGCAUUGCUUUACUUUCUGAAAUAUUGCCAUUCAACAUCCUGGUCUCUAAAUUGGAAAGGCAUGGAUUUGAUGGAUGGACCACUCGGUGGAUAAGGAACUGGCUAGAUGGCCACACUCCAAGUGUUGUGGUCAAUGGCUCAAUGUCCAUGUGGAAACCAGUGACAAAUGGCGUUCCUCAGGGGUUGCUUCCAGAACGUGCCCUGAAUGUUCUGAAGAAGCUGACCGAUGCUAAGUUUGAUGCAGUCGUUGGGCAGAGAAGCACCCAGUGAAACGUGAAAAAUGAUUCUCAUUUCCCAGAGGCACGAGUGAAAACAGAACAUGUGCUGAGCAUAGUACAGCUGGUUUGAUGCAGAGCAGAACUAAGACAGAUGCUUCCAGGCCCCCAUUGCCAAGCACCUAAGGGUUUGUUCCCCACCUGCAGCAGGGACACGCCUGCGUAACGUGGAGUGAUAACAAAGCAGAGAUGCAGCUCUUGAAGUCUAAAGGGCUGCUUUGUCUGUGCAUCGCAUUGCCUCCGUCUCCUAGUGCUGAGGCAGAGGGGAAUUCCCACGAAGGCCAUUUUUGGGACAGCACAGAUGCCUACUUAAGUGCAAAGGCAUUGCCUGAGAACGUGUUAAUCCAAACUCAUCCCCGAGAGCAAAGGUAUCUUGCAAGAAGCAAUUUAUAGAGCAGGUGGGUGGCCUGUUUCACCUCAGUGUCUCUUUUCCAGUUUAAAAGCAAUGACGUGCUCUAUAUUGAACACUCGCAGUUUCGUGUGCUUCUGUAGUGAGUACCUGAAAGAAUACAGCCUCAUUUGUAAUGUCAUACCUAAUUACAUCCAUUAUCAAUUAUGCAUUAGCACCAUGCCUUAUUCCAAAUAAAUACAGUUUGUUAACACAAA